AUGGCUAAUGUGGUCGAGUUGAAGGUCGGAUUGCACUGCGACGAAUGCAUCAAGAAAAUCUUGAAGGCUAUCAAGAAAAUUGAAGAUAUUGAAACAUAUAAUGUGGACACACAAUCAAAUAAGGUUACUGUGACUGGGAAUGUUACAACUGAAGAAGUUAUUAGAGCCCUUCACAAGAUUGGAAAACAAGCCACCACUUGGGAUGAACACUCUGCAAAUACCAAUUAUCACUGA